AUGAACGACUUUUUACGUCACAGUCCUGCGAAGUUCAAUGGCAAGGCAACUCCAGAUGAAGCGGAUGACUGGAUUUGCAACCUUGAGAAGAUAUUUGAAGCAAUCGAGUGCAUUGAGGGGCAGAAGUUAGUGUUUGCUACAUAUAUGUUGGCAGGAGAAGCUGAGUACUGGUGGCGUGGGAUGCAGAGGAGCAUGGAUACCCGAGGGGAAGUUGCUACUUGGGAACAUUUCAGAGCUAGAUUCUUGGAGCGUUACUUUUCGGCUAGCGCUAAGCAGCAACGAGAGUCACAGUUUCUGGCUUUUCAGCAGGGAAGUAUGUAUGUGCAAGACUACAAGGAGAGAUUCGAGUAUUUGGCUCGUUUCUAUACUCAGAAUAUGAGCGAGGAUUGGAAGUGCAGGAGGUUUAAGCAAGGAUUGCGCCACCAUCUUUUGAAGGCACUUGUUCACCUGAAGAUAAAUGAAUUUUCAGAGUUAGUGGAGCAGGCCACGAUAGUUGAGAGGUUGGAUGAGUCUGGGCGUGUGAUGAGGAACCAGAAGGGAAGCUUUUCUAUGGGCAAGCAACAGAAGAAACCGUACGAGAGGCCACAAGAGUUUCGGUCAGGUUUGUUGAAGUGCUUUGAGUGUGGUGGAGAUCACCUCCGAAGAAAUUGUCCAAAGCUGAAUGACGUCAAGAAGGAGAUGUCAUUUGGUGGAACGCCUCAGAAGUCAACUAAUGGUGAAAAGCCGCAGGCUGCUAGCAGAGUGUUUGCCAUGUCGGGUGCAGAAGCCGAGAAGUUAGGUAACCUCAAACUUGAUACUUGUUCUUUGUUUGGUAGAAAUGUUCAUGUCCUGUUUGAUUCGGGUGCGACGCACUCGUUUAUAUCAUUGUUGUGUGUUGAGAAUCUUGGACUCUCUAUGUUUGACUUGGGGUGCGAGCUUAUUGUCUCUACUCCAACAUCUGGACAAGUUUCAACCAGUUCAAUCUGCGUUGGGUGUCGGAUCGAGGUGACAGCUCACAAGUCCAGAGUCAACUUGGUGUGCUUACCGCUUGAAGGUCUGGACGUGAUCUUGGGGAUGGAUUGGUUAGCUGAUAACCAUGUUAUGAUUGACUGUGGACGUCAUAGAGUAGUCUUCCAAGUAGAAGAAGGCAUUAAAAUGUCAACAUCAAAGGAAGUUGUACAAGAUCUCAAGAAUGGAGUUGUUUGUUUUAUGUUGAUAGUGAAAGAACAGAAGAAGAGCAUAGACGAGCAUAUCAGUGGAAUACCA